AGGCUCUGAGGAGGAUGUGGCCAAUAAAUCUGCACAAGAACGAGCCGAUAUAGUUGCCAAAUAUGACAAGGGCCGAGAAGGUGCAAAGAUCGAACCUUGGGAGGAUGCCGAUUAUCUUGUUUACAAGGUCACAGAUAGAUUUGGCUUUUUGCAUGAAGAAGAGCUACCAUUUCACGAUGAAGCAAUAGAGAAGCAAAAAUUUCUAGAAAUUGAAAGGACUUCGAAAUGGCUGAAAAUGCUAAAGAGCUGGGACAAGUACAAGAACUCUGAAAAGAUGCACAGAAGAAUUUACAAAGGCAUUCCUCUUCAACUGCGAGGUCAAGUCUGGUCACUGAUCCUAGAUGUGCCUAAACUGAAAGAUGAGAGAAAAGACCUUUACCCGGUUCUAAAACUAAAAGCUAGGCGUCUGUCGCCUGACAUCAGACAGAUUGACCUGGAUGUUAACCGAACGUUUCGAGAUAACAUUAUGUUUCGAGAUCGAUAUGGAGUAAAACAGCAGGCUUUAUUCCACGUAUUGGCAGCAUAUUCAUUGUAUAACACGGAGGUUGGCUACUGUCAGGGGAUGAGCCAGAUAACCGCUUUGCUCCUUAUGUAUAUGAAUGAAGAAGAUGCAUUUUGGGCUCUUGUGAGGCUGUUCUCUGACUCUAGACAUGCAAUGCAUGGUUUUUUUGUCCCUGGCUUUCCGAAGCUUCUAAGAUUCCAGGAACAUCAUGACAAAAUCAUGAAGAAAUGUUUGCCAAAACUUAAACAGCACUUUGAAACUCAGGAACUGUACACAAGUCUGUAUACUAUGAAAUGGUUUUUCCAGUGCUUCCUGGACCGGGCACCUUUCACAUUAAAUCUAAGAAUAUGGGAUAUAUACAUACUUGAAGGCGACAGAAUUCUCACUGCAAUGUCUUACACGAUUUUGAAACUUCAUAAAAAAUACUUAAUGAAGCUGACUAUGGAAGACCUAAUUGAGUUCCUGCAGGAGAACCUAGCCAAGAAUUUUGGUUAUGAGGAUGACUAUGCCAUUGAACAACUGCAGCUUUCAAUGGGAGAACUGAAAAGAGGAAAACUUGAUCUCCCUCCUCCAGGUAAAGAGGAAGAAUUCCCCAAAAAGCCACUGGGUCAAGUUCCUCCUGAACCACCACCAGUACACAUGAAUCAUAUUAUGAAUGGGCAAAAGAAUAAUAGCAAACUUCCAAAACCUGAGAAAGUAUCAUCUCCUAACAAACCUCAGCAAGUGUCCCCAAUUGGAGAAAGGAGAAGAAAGAAUUCCAUAGAAAAGUCUACCCUUAAGUCAUCAAAAAGAGGAGCUGAUUUCCGUGCAGAACAACCUAAGCAAGAUUAUAGGAAGUUUCCACCAGACAGCACGUUGUCCCAGGACAACAUUAAGUACUAUGAUCAUGCUACUGCUAAUCAAAACUCAAAUGCAACGUCUAGUGUAUCUAAGGGAAUCGCUCCAAAAUGGAACUUGCCUUCGGACUCUAGAAAUAAGGAACUUCUUCUGAAACACAUGGGUGAAGUAAAAGUAAAACCACCAGACUAUAAUGCCGUAGUCCAGGUUGAGACUCGCAUUGUGACUGCUAAACACAGAAAUAGGGUUGUUGAGGUGGGAAGUAAACGAGGGUCAAAUGCAUCGCAGUAUGAUAAUGUUUCUGGAGGUGAAAAUGAAAAUGACAAUCAUGUUGAAAAUUCUAGGCAUUCGGCAGACCUGUCCUCUCCAAGGAAUGUGAUGUACAUCAGUGCCACUUCCUCACGGCAUCCCUCUAAAGGUUCCAGUCCAACUAGGUUAAUUGAGAAUAAUUCAGGAAUCGGUAUGCAAACACAUUCUCCUGUACGUUCUCCACUAUAUCAGGGUACGGAUGACGGGUACAGUCAAAAACAACCUCCACCACCGUAUCACAGCAGUCCUCCUCUUUAUCCAGAGAGUGCUAAAUAUUCAGUGAACCGUUUGAACAGUGAACCUCAUUCACCAGUAAACUGGGCUAGUCCAUCCAGUAAAUUUUAUGGGUAUAGCUUUGAUGUUCCUCCUGAUAAAAUUACAGUCAAUUCAAGUGUUAGGCAAAACCCUGGUAUGUCACCCUCUAAUAGAAUUGAAGUUGUACCUGCAGAUGAAAAUACCACUCUGCGUUUAGGCAAUUUUAACCAUAAAGAAAACCAAAAGUAUAUUCUUCCACCCAUAGACUAUGUUGCAGACCACACAGUCUUCCCUGAUUUAUCGUUUCAGACAUUUAGACAACCCUUAAACAAAGAAACAUCAAGAAGUCAUUUGUCAAAUUUACAAAGAUCUCCAGACGCGCAGCAGCCUGCAAGUCCAGUCAACAAUUUUUCAUCUUUGUCAAUUAACAGUCCAGUAAGACCAAGAACUUCUCCACAAGAUGAUCAUGGCACCCCUCCACACUAUCUGUAUUCCAAAUCUGGAGUCAGUGGUCCGGCCUAUCGAAAUCGUCGUGACGGUUUAGUAUUGCAAGAGUCUGUGAUGCUGUGAACAUCAGUCUGUCUGGUUGCCUAGAGACAGUCUUUU